CAGUUGAUUGCAACUGAUCUGCGAGAAAGUAAAGCCACAGUCCAGAGCUGUAGAGGUGUCGGCGAAGGUCGGGCCAUCCGCUAGUGAGUGACCAGUACGGUGUGAGCCUACCACAAGCCCGCCAAGGCCGCCCGAGUCCGCCAAGCCUCCAGUCAGUACCGCUGCCGCAACCGCGAACCCCACCAUGGAUCAGCAUAACCCGGCCACUCUGGAACUACAGAACAACGCCACGGUGCUCCAUGGGACCGACAACAAGGCGAUGAUGUGGGAGAGUACCGACCAGCUGACAACUGGCAGCAGGUUAACUCUGGGCAAACCUGGAGACAACAAGCCCAAAGUUGCAGACUUGCCGGCAGUGGAGGGAGUGGGACACAUGCAGCGACCCAAACACCCCACCUCAUAUGCAGAAACACUGGCCCACCUUCUGAAGGGGAACAUCGCUUCGGGAAUGUAUGCGAUGGGAGAUGCCUUCAAAAAUGGCGGACUACUAUUAGCACCCUUCCUGACAGUGUUCUUAGGAUUAAUAUGUGUCUUCAAUCAGCAUAUUCUGAUCGUCUGUGCCAACUUGAUGAGAGAGAGGAACAAACUGAACUAUUAUCCAGGGUUUGACGACACUGUGGAGCUGUGCUUCGAUGCUGGCCCCCCGUUGUUCCGCACAUACGCCAAACAUGGCAGAUCAGCCGUGAAUGUGUUCCUGGUGACGGCUCAGCUGGGCUUCUGUUGUGUGUACAUGGUGUUUGUGACCAGCACAACGCACCAGAUUCUGAAGUACUUUGGAUUUGAAAUUGAGAUCCAUCUGAACAUGGUGUUCACACUGGCAUUUGUUAUGGGUUUCAUCCUGAUCCGCAACCUGAAGUACUUAGCGCCAGUGUCACUGUUCGCCACGUUCACGAUGAUAGUAGGAGUCGUCCUCACACUCUACAUCUCUUCCAAAGAUCUGCCACCGAUCUCAUCCCGCCACGCAUUCCCCACCUCGCUCCAUCAGCUUCCUCUCUUCUUCGGCACCAUCAUCUACGCUUACGAAGGCAUCAGUUUGGUCUUACCGUUACAAACGGAGAUGAAGAAUCCUGAGAAGUUUAAUUCGCCUCUUGGAGUCCUGAAUGUUGGAAAUAUCAUCGUGACGAUGCUGAUGCUCAUCGUUGGCUUCAUCGGAUACCUCAAGUACGGGGAGCAUGUGGAGGGUAGCCUCACUCUGAACCUGCCUCAGGACUAUACGUUAUCACAAUUUGUCAAGAUUGCAAUAGCCAUAGGAAUUCUGCUCACCUACCCUUUAAUGUUCUACGUACCGGUAGCUCUGAUAUGGCCAGCAGUGGUGGAUCGCUGGGGACCUUUCGAGAAACCGGCGCUCUACGAAUACAUACUGAGGAUUCUCCUCUGCCUACUAACUUUCGUGUUGGCCGAGGUGAUACCUAACCUGUCCGUGUUCAUCUCGCUGGUGGGGGCUGUCAGCAGCACUGCUCUCGCCCUCGUGUUUCCCCCACUCUGUGAUCUUUCAAUCCGCUGGAAUGAUCGGGACUUUGGAAUCUUCGGCUGGAGAAAGGCUGUGGACUACCUCACUCUCGUUAUUGCGGUUUUUGGCUUCUGUACAGGAACUUAUUUUAGCUUAGUAUCGAUUGUCGAUUCUAUAAGGCACUGACCGAAAGCAAAUGUUUGUACAACAAUUUGAUAUUUAUCUUCUCAAAGACCAUUAUACAAAACAUUGUAGGCUUUACGUGUUACAUGAUAAAAAUGACAGACUAAUGGAUUAUUUCUCUCAUUGUUUCUGUUUUCCUAAAAUUAUUUAAAUAUCGAAAAUUACUAAUACAAGUUAUUCGGGAGAGACCUUUCAAUCUUCAGUUAUGACUGAAGUUUGCUGGAAUAUUCGAUUUAACCAAUGUAAAACCUCUUAAUGUAAUGUAAAACGCAAUUAUUUUUCUUUUCUUACAACAUUCUUGUUCACAUUUUAAUUUUAUUUAUAGUUUAUACAUUUCUAUGACUAAACAUUCCGACCUAGUUUCUGAUAAAUGCUAGCAUAAUAGUCAAUCCAUUUUAUACGCUCUGCGUAGAGUUACAAAAGUGGAGUAAAAUUAUACACUUAGGCUAGUCAUUUGCAGGCUGAAAAGCUUUCCUCGUGAUGAACAACAUAUUUAUCUGCUCCUGGACUCUGAAUUGUUUGAUUUUGCAAUGUUAAAACUCUACGUACAUAUGAUAUUAUCAUUCCUAUCAGCUACAUUUUCGAAGUCCCUUCGCGCCGAAAAAUUGUUGAUACAAUAAAAUCUUGAAAUAUUUCAACUUUGAUUUUAAACCAACACUGGCAGGCCUAGUAACGUGCAUUAGCAGGUGAGUAAGGGGGAAGUUAAUUGUACUUGGGUGAAGGUCAACCAUCAUUUGAAAUUCGGGGAUUCUUUAUUACAGAGAAAUAUUACAGCUAAACGUCUGUGAAUAAUACUUAUUGAUCUCUGAUGAGUAAAUUGAUUGACGAUUACUUAAGCUUCAUCCUAUCACGGUAAAAUACCGCCCUGUUCAUUUACUGGUGAAUGAAAUUACUGGUGCUGCCUGCUUUGGUUUAGAAUUUGUUCAAUGGCUUUCUUCUUUCAGUGAGGUCGAAAUAUUUCAAGAUCAUAAUUAUAUUUGUAAUUUUUCAUUAUGGUCUGAACUGGGAAACUUAACUUGAUAGUUAUGAUAACGGUGUAAGAGAAUUACGUUUAUCAUUACUCUACGAAGGCAUUUUAAUUAGAUAACUCAAUAAUUUUAAGGCAAAUCAGUCUAACACAAAAAAAAUCUUAAUCUCCCGAAUGCCAAACUUGUGUAUUCUUGUACCUCAAAGGAGCCUGAGGCAAAACUAAGGUAUCAGAUCGAAUUUUAGGCUAAAAUAUUUUUUCGGGUCCGAUGGAAUCGAACUCGUGACGUCUCAGACGUUAAAAUGUAGUAAAAAUUUAAUCUUGGUUAAUCAUUCACUAUUUCUGCCCAGAAACUUCUGACAUUUUGAAAAUCUUCACUACAAUCAAAUUUAACUUGAUGUAUUUUUGAAAAAUUUAAUGUAACAUGAAGAUAAGACUAUUAUAAUGUUAUGAUAAAUUAAAUAUGAUGUAUACUAACAUUGAAAUAAUAUUAAGGAUAAUUAGUUUUUAUACAUUAUUUUUAUAAGAUUCUUAUAGCAUCCAUGAGAGAUGUACAACGUUUUCUGAAUUAUAUAAAUUCAGUACUCAUAUACUUAAUGCUAAUAAAGCUUUGAUAGGAUACUUAUAUUGCAUCUUUAUUCGAUGACAAUGAGCAAUCUGUGAUAUAGUUGUGAAACGGAUUGAUUAUGUUAGUAUAGAAUAACUGUAUUGAUUACUAAAAGUAGUGUAUUUAUUUCUUAGAUGUACAUAUUUAUAUAUAUUUCCAGUUCAGCUCUCAUUUAUCUCUUGGAUUUAGAGAACAUUUGGAACUCUCUGAGUUUUUCAAAUUUUGUUGUGUACUACCUAAUUUUGAAUUUUUGAGAAUCUUCAUUUAUUCGAGUACAGACAACAUUUUUUCCGUGUAAAUUAAUGUACCCUUUAAAUUUGGCUGCUGGAAAAUUCUCAUAAAUAAAUUAUGUCCAGCGGCCGUCAAAAUUAACAGUUUUUAUGUGUGUCAGCACUGUACAAAACAUUGAAACAUGUUUUAUUUAAAUUUGGAAAAUUCCAUCCUUUAUAGAUUCUUUUAUAUAAAUUCAUCAAUUCAAAAACUCAACUGAGAAAUUGAUUUUUAGUGGGUUUAUUUAUAACAUAAAUUUUUUUUAUAUUUUCCUGUACAAAUUUUGUCAGAUUAAAAAAAUAAAAUAAUAUUUCAAGGCUUUAAAGUACUUUUGAAGGUUAAACAAACCUCAGAGAAGUAAUUUGUAACUGAAAAAUAAUUAAUUCAGUAUUGUGGAAAGUGUAGGCAAUGGUUUCUUUGACUUAGAUAAAAACCAGCUGAUGUAGAGAUACACCAGAUUCGAACAGCUGAUUCUAGUGUAUCUAAGCUACAAGGUAAAUUUCAUGACAACACAUAAAUUUAUAUUUUAGUUUAUAUUAGAAUAGAUAAAGGUUUUAAUGUUUUCGAAUUUGGGGACCGACACAACAAAAGGUUUCACCGCCAUGGGUUUUGUUAAGAGAAAUGUUAAUCGAUUAAUAUGUCUUUUCAGAAUUUUGUAUAACAAUAUGAGUAAUUCAGUGACAAUUUAAGAUUUACAUAGCCUAAAGCUACGGAAGGCGGUUUUUAAAAUUUGAAAUAAAUAUAAUUUACGAAAACGAAAUUAAUUUUUGUUCAAACACAAUUUGUAUUCAAAUGUAAAAGUAUUUAGAGGUUGUGUAAUUUUUCAUUUGUUGCUAAACACAUAAGGAAGAUAAAAUUUUAACUUUACAUGUGGUUUGUGUACUUUUUAUAUUUGUGGUAUAUCGAUUAAAUUGCAAACAUUAUAAUUAUAAUAAUAAAUAACGUAAUAUAAUACUUCUCAAUCAUAUAGAACAAAAAAAAACCAUCUGUCAGAGAGUUAUGCUAAAGCUAUAAUGAGGAUGCAGACUUUUAAGGCUUAAGGGUAGACCUUUUGAUCCUUUUCUCAAUACCCAUAGUAAAAAUGCUAUUCCAAUAACAAAUAUCGUAACAACUAUUGGGAUGUUUACAAAAUCAAAUAUAAGUAGCAGUAGGCUACUUGUUUUUCAAAAUACAGGUACUGUUCACUACUGUGAAAUAUUUGGGUGAGUUUCAAUAAAAGCUCCCCUGUAUUAUGAUACGGUAUUGGCAAAGAGUAAACUCUUUUAGUUCCCUAAAUAGCAAAGUCGUAAUUGCACUCAAACCAUUAAGCCUUAAAAAAGCGAAACAAUAUAUUCCACAAGUAGGCUAUGUAAAGUAACGGGCACAGAACGAGAUACUACUACGCCUCUUGACAGCGGGUUUGCAUGUAUUAAUUAUCGCAUUUUAGACCAUUACGCAAUUAGGUAGGCAAUCCAAAAAGUCUUGAUGAUAAAUACGGUUAAAAUAAAUAAUAUAUUAUGUACUCGUAUAUACGACUCUUAAAGUCUGCUUAAUAUACUUCAUUUUGUACGUGUGGAGUUAUACCUGGUCGUUUACUGACCAGAUUUGAGGUAAAAACACUUUAAUUUGCAUUAUAAAUACGCAAAAUAGACAGGAUAUCACGUUUUCGGUCAUUUUCCAUCGUUAUAUGUUACGAAAGGUAUAACACAUAUAAAAACACUAUGAUAUAACAAUGGUUCAAUAAUUUUCUUUCCCUCCUUUUCGUCUUUCUGUUCUUUAUUUUUGUAUGUAUUAAUAACUUCCCAACCUGACGAAGAGGAUUUAUUUUAAUCCUCGAAACGUUGUAUUAUAUACCUUUUGUAAGAUAUAACGAUGGCAAAUGUCCAAAAUCAUUUUGUAAUUUUAAACUUUCCUUCGUCAAUUUCAAACUUUAAACAAAGAACCAAAAUUGCUUAUAUACAGUACUAUAUGAGAGCUGUGUGAAAUUAUAGUUGAAAUCUUUGGGCAGUAAUUAAUCUAAGUGAUUUUAAGGUAUUAAUAGACUAGAUAUAUCAUAAUGUUCAGACAGUAAUGUAUUAAAUGGCAAUAAUGUAGUGUAUUUAGUAUAGUAAUAGUAAAAGUCUGUUUUAUAUGAAUUUCAACUUAAGGUGAUUUAUAGUUGAACUUUGUUGAAGGAAGUGUAUAGAAGUGUUAUAUAGUUAUAAUGUUGUUAACAUGUUAGAGAAAUAUAUAUGAAUGUUUAAUACACA